AAACAAAUAAAUUUUCUUGUGAACAACAUUGAAUGAGCUCAGGCAUUCAAAUCUUCAAGGUCCCUCUAUCACAAAUGCUCUUACCGAGGUACACCCAAAUUUCUCAACAAUGAGAGCAACUUUAAUGCGCCUCAAAUUUCUCAACAAUGACUCCAUAUAUAUAAACAAUCUCUUCCUUAGUUCCCAAAUCAUCCCACAAAACAAUAAAAAUACUACUCUCUCACUUUCUUUGCUUCAACUCUCUUUCUCCUUAAAAAAUGGCACCCACUGUUACUAAUGUUGCAGAGAAAACCCAAAUGCUAGAGACCGAUUCCAACUUGGGAUCGGCCAUGAAAGAUACCCCCAACGAGACAGAGCUCAAUUCGAACGAAAAUGCCCAUGAAAAGGAUAAGCUGUUUGAUUGUGAGACCGAGAAAAAAACGGACGAGAAAGAAGAUAAGAAGGUCGAGCAAGACGAACCAGAAGAACAUGCCUUAGGAAACGAGAAGGAUGUACCAGUCGAGGCUGAACAGAAAACCGGAGUUACUUUUCCGGUCAUGCUGAGCGAUGGGAAGAAGCUGAAUUCUGUUGGCCUGAGAAAGAAAAGCAUGCUCGGGCUCGGGAUCAAGAUUUAUGCCUUUGGGAUAUAUGCUGACAAUGAAAAACUGAAAGACCUUCUGAGUACGAAAAUCGGAAAAGCAUCAUCUAAAGCAACAAAAGAAAUGUAUCAAAUGGUGAUAGAUAGCGAUGUGGAUAUGAUGGUUCGGCUGGUUAUUGUUUUCUCAGGCCUUACCAUGAACAUGGUGAGGAAGAACUUUGAUGAAGGCCUGGGAGCAUCCAUCAAGAAGCUCACGGGAGGGAAGAACGAUGAGCUCACGAAAAAGAUUAUGGGAGAAGCGUCCGAUGACAUAAAGCUUACCCCAGGAUCUGUGAUUGAGAUAUCCAGGCUUCCAGGAUAUACUCUCCAAACAAAAGUUAUGAAUGAGGUUGUGAGCAGAGUUGAAAGCGAGUUUCUCUGCAGGGCAUACAUACAUAUGUAUUUGGGAGACGAUCCUCUUGAUAAAGAAGCAAAGGAAAAAUUCGGGGCAUCCCUGCUUUCUCUUUUCCAAGGACCUGAGGAUGAAUAAUAACAAGGUCUGUGUGAGGAAUAAUUCCUAAGGCUGAUUUGCAGUGCUUAGGAAUAACAUAAAUAAGUGGUGAUGGGAAGGAAGUUUAUUGCUAUCCUCUUCAUGGGAGGACUGUUUUAAUGCUUUUUUCUAGUUGAAGUUCAAGUGUGUAACCUGCUCAUUUCUGCACUUAAUAUAAUAAGGAAAACCCCAUGUUUUUUUUUUUUUUUCUUUUUUCAUACAUGUUU